AUGCCUGUUGAAGCUGGAUGGUUUUAUGACAAUUACUAUGAGAAAAAAGCUGUGCCUACCAACAAAGUCUCGGAAGAAAAGGAUCAUCAUGAACAAUAUCCUUUAAUCAAUGAAAAAGAGCUGAUUGAGCGAGAAGAACGAAGAAGGCGAUACACAAAGGGAAAAUAUGAAAUUUUAAAAGCCGACGCAGAGGUAGCUCUGAAACUUCAGGAAGAUUUACUCUUUCAAUUUUACGAGGAAGACAUGAGGAUGAAUUAUAUUCAAUCUCGAAGAGAAGAAAUUAGAGCAAAAUUAAAAGAGAAACAAGCUCAAAGAGAACAAUUAGAGCGAUCAUUAACGAUUGAUAUUCCGAAUCACGCACAAAGAGAAAAGCUGAACAAACUCAAAGACAGAGAACAUUUAACUAAGUCAUUGAAUGUAUUUUCAAAUCCAGAGAGCACCGAAUUCAAUCCUGGAGCCUCAAAACGUAGUACUAUGAACCCUAAUUAUGAUGAAGCCUAUUACUCGUAUAUUGAAAAUAAUAAGGAGCACUUAUUAGCUAAACAUCUUCAUCGAGAUAGAGAUCGGCAAUUUCAUGCUUUGCAAAAAUCAAUUAGAACAACAUUAGAAGAAGAUAUUGGAACUCCUUUCAUCAAGAAUAAGAAACGACAGGAACAACUUCGUCAAAAAAUUCAAGACAUGAAGGACAAACAAAAGCAUGGCAUUAUUGCACCUAACCAUGAAGUGGAAGAAGCUUUACAAUUAAUGGAUAGAUUUGAAGCAGGAUAUCAUUCUGACUAA